CGAUAGAGGCGGUAUUGGUACUAUCACACCUGGCAGGUGUGGUGUGAAGAAUCACCUGUUUGCCAUUACCCAGUAUUGUACAAACCAUGAAGACGGUAGCGGCUCUCUGUGUCGUGUUGGUGCUCCUCUAUCACGUCGAGGGAGCAGCUCCUGGGACGCAGUGCACGAGUUCUCACGGCUGCGGCAGCUGCUGCAGAGACAGCAACGGCAGGGUCAUUUCAACUGACCAGGGCAAUGGACCAUUUGGCGGAUUCGGUGGUUUUGGACCGCUUGGAGGUCAGCGUAAUGGCACGUGCAGCACGAAGAAAGCUGUGAAAGGCGAGAUCUGUGACAGCUCGUGCCUGUGUGACACAGGCCUGGCUUGCUAUCGGCCAAUGUCCGGCGUCUGCUGCCCAGCGUCCACCUGUGUCGACGAAGCCUACGCCAAACAUCAACACGAAUAUUGGUCCAAUUGCUUUGCCAACCCUAACUGUGCUAUUCCCCCAUAAACGAUAACCUUUGUACUGGGAAAUAUAUCGUAUGAAGUUGUGA